AUGAGCGUGACGUUGCAGUCGUUCUCGCUCUUAAACCCUAACCCUAGCUGUGGCUUGAAGAAGCCGGCUCCGCUGGCCUUGUGUUCAUCACCUUCGUCUUCUCUGCGGUUCGAUCAAUUGACUGGAGCUUGCGGUUAUGGAGCCCCUAUUGUCCUCCCACAAGGGCUUAGCGGUGCUUAUCUUUCACUGCACCGACGGAGCUUGUGGACUCGACCAAUUGUCGCUGCCGCUGCUUCACAGGAGGAAUCGAAGCAUCCAGAGAUUGAGGUGGAGAAAGAAAAGGAUACUGCCAAAUUGAAAUCUGAAGAAUCAGAAGAAGCUUGGAAACAGACUCUGGCCGCUUUCAAAGAACAAGCCUUAAAGAUGCAAGGCAUCUCACAGGAAGCAUAUGAGUUAUACUCUAAGAAGGCAUUAGUUAUUUUGAAAGAAACUUCAGAGCAGUUAAAAAUACAGGCUGAUAAGGCGAGGAUUGAUUUGAGUGAGAUAGCAAAAGAAAUCAGUGAAGAAGGUAAAGAAUAUAUCUCCACAGCUGCAAAGAAUUCCCCCGAGCCAGUGAAGGAAAUUGUUGAAACAUUUAACUCAUCAGCUGAUGAUAUGAAUGAUGUUUCAAAAGUCCGCGACUUUCAUGUUGGGAUACCUUAUGGUCUUCUUCUUUCUCUUGGUGGCUUCCUUUCCUUUAUGGUAACGGGAAGCAUUUCUGCAAUUAGGUUUGGGGUUAUCAUUGGUGGCGCUCUUCUGUUUUUAAGCGUUUCAAGUUUAAGAUCAUAUAAGCAAGGAGAAUCAUCUCCUUUAACCUUGAAAGGGCAGGCAGCUAUAGCAAGUAUAAUUUUUCUGAGGGAGGUACGCUUGCUAGCUCAGAGGUCGUCAUUUCCGAAUUUGACAACAACCCUUGUCAGUGGAGCAGUUGUAGCUUUCUACGUCUAUAAGAUUGUACAGAAUCGCAAACAUCAAAAGGGCUCCAACUUUGAGAAGGAGACGGAAAUUUAG